AUGGGAAGAUCUCCGAGCCGCGAUGAAAUUGGAUGGAAAAAGGGUCCAUGGACACCUGAGGAAAAUCAAAAACUCACUGAUUAUAUACAUAAGAACGGUCAUAGAAGUUGGAGAGCUUUACCUAAACUUGCUGGAUUGAAUAGGUGUGGCAAAAGCUGUAGGUUGAGAUGGAGUAAUUAUCUAAAACCUGGUAUCAAGAGAGGAAAAUUCUCGGACGAUGAGGAAAAACUAAUUAUCAGUCUUCACUCGGUACUUGGAAAUAAGUGGUCUCAAAUUGCAACUCACCUACCGGGAAGAACCGAUAAUGAGAUAAAGAAUUAUUGGAAUACUCAUAUAAAGAAGAAACUGUUACAAAUGGGUAUCGAUCCGAUAACUCAUAGGCCAAGGACAGAUCUUAAUCUUCUUGCGAACUUAUCAAAUUUACUCGUGGCUGCAAAUAUUUUAAAUUUGAUGAACCCUUUGGACAAUGCUACAAGAAUACAAGCUGAUGCUCAAGCACAAUUAGCCAAAAUUCAACUAUUGAAUAAUCUAUUACAAGUGAUGACCAAUGGAGCAAGUUCAUCAACACAACCACCUAUCAUGGAGUUACUUAAUCAAUUAAGAUUGGUUCCGAACCGAGAUACUAAUAACCUCUUCAACCAAUACCUUGAACCAAAUUCUCAACUUCUUAAUACUCUAGGUUAUUUGCCAAGUUCAUCAUCUCAAACUCCGCCACCUUACAAUUUCUCUACUUCAAAACACUCAGACGUCACUAAUGAUAAUGAGAACAUACCAGCCGAAGAUGCUGACUGUUAUCGUUUUGAACAAGGAUCGAGUUCGAUAAGUAACAAUUAUCUUAAUGAUGAUGAUGAUAACAUGAAUGUUCAACAUUUCUUAAAUAGUCCAGUGUAUAUUCCUGCAUUGGUUUCGGCGUCACCGGAAAGAAACAUAAAUAAUAUUAACAAACCCGAUACAAGAACUACAACAAAUUCAUCAACUUCAACCACCUUUGAAACAACAUGGGGAGAAUAA